AUGGACGACAGAAUAUCCCAACUGCCAAUACCUAUACUUCACCACAUUCUCUGUUUCCUCUCACAGAAAGAAGCUGUCCGAACUUGUGUACUCUCCAAACAAUGGUGCCACAUAGGAUCAACCCGCCCCAACCUCGAAUUCUCCGAAGAAUGGUUCGACGACACACAAGAAAAGGUUGUCUCCGUCAACUCCUCCACAGGAUCUACACGCCCCAGCCUCAACUCUUCCGAAAAAUCGAUCAACAGUACACAAGAAAAGUUUGUCCCCGUCGUUGACCGAACUCUACAAGGAUACCUUGAUCAAAACCGCUCCAAACUGCACCGCAUUCUCUCUUGCCUCCUAUGCAGACCAUGGCGCCCCAAAGGAUCAACUCGCCCCAACCUCGAGUCUUCCGAAAAAGUGUUCAACACUACACAACAAAACUUUGUCUCGGUAGUCGACCGAACCCUACAAGGAUACCUUGAUCAAAACCUCUCCAUACACAAACUCCAUCUCCACUUAUCGAGUCCCGACUCACGACCGGUCGUCUCCCUUCCCGACAAAUGGAUCCCAAUAUUAGCAGCCCUCAACAUAAAAGCAUUCGAACUCAACUUUCUUUCAUAUACUCCGCCGUAUUACGACCUGCACUCGGCAGUCUUCGAGUCCCUCGAAGAACUACACCUGCGCAAAUGCAGGCUGAGCCCGGUCGAGAGUGUGCGAUUUAAAAGUUUGCGCACACUCACCCUCGAACAGGUCCAAGUUGAUGGCAGCACUUUUGAUACGAAUAUGUUGGGUUGCCCUUUGCUCAGUCGCCUGGUCAUUAAAAGUUGUUGGGAGUUGAGAAUUGUUAGGGUGAGCGAGGCUGGGUUCAAGCACUUUGAAUUGUGUGAUUCCAAGAGGAUCGGAGGGCGUAGCAUCGAAAUCGAUGUCCCAAAUCUCGAGACGGUCUCCAUAACGGCCUCAUGGUUUUUGUGUCACCGCCAAAGCGCAUUAUUGUUCUCUCGUCUCACGAGAUUGAGUCUCAAUAGUGUGAUCCUGUCGAGAGAGUUGUUCGAUGUGUUAUCGUUGAGCUGCCCGACACUUGCGAGCUUGGCCCUAGAUAAUUGUUCCGGUUUUGAGGAAUUCCAUCUUGCAAGUGAUUCAGUCGAGUUCUUGCGCAUCUCGACAACAAAUAUACCGCCGCUUAAAGGAGUUACGAUUUGUGCCCCCAACAUUCUCAGUUUUACAUUCAAUGCCGGCAUUCCCCAGGUGCCGGACACAUUCUCUGUUACGACAACUACUUCCAAGGAGUGGUACUCAUAUGUAAUCCUCGCUUCUUCACGUGAGGAUUAUCCCGAUUUCGACGUCAAUUGGUGUUUCUGUAAGCUGAGACGAUUGCUCAAGGCACUAAGACGGUCUCUAAUUUCUCUGAUUCUGCAUAUGGACGGCGGCCCGCUGGACGUGCCGUGCAGUGCUGUCGACUGCAGUCAUCUUCUCAGUAACCGUCCGCCUGUGGUGGUGGAGGACUUGACAUUUAGUACUCGUAAAUGCCGCACGGCAUCUUGGUACUCGGGCUUUACGAAUGGCUUGUUUCGUGUUUGUCGACCGAGGCACAUAUGUGGUUGUAGGAACAACAGGCUCUUGCUAAACAUGAUCCUGGGAAAAUAUGGCAGCUUCAUAUCGACCAUGCCCUACUUCUGGCAGCACCAACUGGAGCAAGUUCACGUGAAAACCAUCGAUGGGAAAAUAUGGCAGCUUGUGGAGUGGAUGAACCAGUCGGAAUUGAGAAACAGGACGUAUGACAGGAUAAUGUGCCUUAAGUUGAAGUGGAGAGAUCAGAAGACGGCAUAA